ACCACCAUUCUCACACCAACUGAAGAAAGAAAUCACUUCAUAUUUUUAGAGUAGUAUGUAGAUUACGGUUGGGUGGAUAGAGGAGUGUAGUUACUGAUACAACUGACUUGACUGCAGAGAAUACAGUGUCACUUGUUUCAGUGGCUUGUCAAUGUCAAAAUAGAUAAAAAAUUUAGGAAAACGUUUUUAUUUUAUCUGUGGAUGUUCCUAUUGUGAUAGUGUUUAGUGCUGAAGAAAAGGGAUUUAACAGCUUUUAAGAAUCCAAUGUUUUGUAAGAUUAUUAUGGGAGAGUGAUUUUAUAACAAAACUUAAAAUGUCAAGACAAAAUGAGAGACAGAACUAUGCUCAAACAUAUAAACUUGUUGUGGUAGGUGGAGGUGGUGUAGGAAAAUCAGCAAUAACUAUUCAGUUUAUUCAGAGUUAUUUUGUGACGGAUUAUGAUCCUACGAUCGAAGACUCGUACACGAAACAAUGUGUCAUCGAUGACGUACCGGCAAAACUGGAUAUCCUGGACACGGCAGGCCAGGAAGAGUUCAGUGCUAUGAGAGAACAGUACAUGCGCUCCGGAGAGGGUUUCUUAUUGGUGUUCGCAGUCACCGACAAGGCCAGCUUCGACGAGAUGUACAAAUUCCACCGCCAAAUCCUCAGAGUCAAGGAUCGAGACGAGUUCCCUAUGUUGAUGGUGGGCAACAAGGCUGAUCUUGAGCACCAGCGAGUGGUAUCAGUACAAGAAGCCCAGAACCUCUCGCGGCAGUUGAAGAUCCCGUACAUAGAGUGCAGCGCUAAGUUGCGGAUGAACGUCGACCAAGCUUUCCAUGAACUCGUCAGGAUCGUGCGCAAGUUCCAGCUCUCCGAGCGACCACCCUUGAAACAGAACUAUGAAAAUCGCAAGAAGAAAUGCUGCAUGCUUUAAUUCAAGUGCACAAAGUAACUCCUUCGCUCCCGUACGUGUUCUUCUAAAAUAACCUUGACCAAGAAUUGAAUAUUAGUAACGUCGUUGUACUCGUAACUGUCUAGGUAACCCAAUUCCACCGCCGGUCGGUGGCUUGUUUUAUUUACCAAAUUGAUGUUGGUAUAUCUUGUAAUAUAAACUCAACAUCACUUGGGUGCUGGAAUUUUUUUUGACAGCACUAUAUUUUUAAAACAAACCUAAUCUGUUUUUUGUUGGCAUUUGUUAAAAAGUGUAGUACUAUUAGAGUUUUUGGAGUACGUGUUUGCAUACAUUUAUGCAAUCUAAAUGCCUUACCAAAUAUUAAAAUUAACAAAAUAAUUAAAAUCUAUAAUUUUCUUUUAUUAGAAACAUCUUUUAAUUAUAAUUUUGUACGAUGAUAAGACUUUGUUAACUUUAAUAUAAUUUCUUUAAAGCAAAACUGUUUUAAUAAAUCAUACAAAGUUUUUAAAAACAAAACAACAAUAUUUUUUUUAAGCUUAGCACUGUAGCGGCUCAAAAGGCCUAAACUUAUUUAUUUAAAAAUUUAUUUUAAUUAAAGCUAUUACAUGGAGCAUAAUUAUUUGUGUUUUAAACCAACUGCAAAUAUCUUACUAUACAAGAUACGGUAGCAUGUGUAAAUAGUAAUAAAUUCACGUUACUUUAGAAAAUUUAUUUAGUCUCAUCGCAGGAUAUUAUUGUGUGGGAAUCAGGCUGAAUUGUCUUUGAUCCAAUAAAAGCUUGUUAUUGUGCAAUAGACCGUGUGACUCACCAGUGUAUAAGUCAACUUCUGUUAAUGUCAUGACUUUAUUGUUCUCAUUAUAGAUUGCAGUAAUUCAUUGGUUUGUGUUCUUGAUAUAUACAAAAUUUAUGUUCCAUUUUUGUAUAUCUCAUUGUCAGCUUUGUGUUUUUUUAUGCGAUGACUGUUUUUUUACAACCUCUGAUGGACUAUAGUAAAAAUUAUGUACACAAGAAAAUUAUGAUUAAUUACAUACAGUAAUCACCAAAACGAACAAAACUUUGUCAUAUGAAAAAAUAAUGUUUAAAUCCCUCUUGAAAAAAGAUUACCACAAACCAACCUGGCCUCAAAAAGUAGUAAAAUUACAUCUUUGCCCACCUACUUAAACACCUUUUUUUGAAAAUUUUCAACAUCAUUUCUGUUGUGUGCCAUAAAACAUUUUUUCUGUAUACCUACUGUAUUCUGUGGUGGUUAUCAACAUCGCUGCAUCCCUCCAUUAGUAGAAAAUGUAUCAGAUCUCACAACUCACAUUCUCAGUGGUAGAAUCAGUCAUAAUGGCAAUUUUCCAGUAUCCUCGACUAUGACUGAAGUAUGGGGGGGGGGGGAGGCACACAGUGCUCAAUGAACCACACCUAGCUUCCCUUAUCUGUAGUUCAACUAAAACUGUUAGAGGUUGAAAAAAACAGCCCACAAAGUUAUCAAAAUUGUUUAAUAAUCAAAUUUAAAUUAUGUCAUGCAAUGUGUAAGACCUUAAAAAUGUCUUUAUAACUACUUAAAAAAAUCAAAAUUGUAGUUAGAUUUAUAAUUUUUAUUGUUAUCCAUACUUAGCACCUUAAAGAGUGUAUUAAAAUUUAAUCUUGUGUACAUAGGAGUAUGAGUAAACCGAAUUUCUAGUUGUGGUAAAUUAUUACAAAAGGAAGUUCCAUGUUGUAUAUUUCAUCACAAUGCAUUAUAGUAGUGGCUCUGCUUAUUGUACCCUCCCCCUGUAUAUUUUUACCUACUUUUUUUAAGUGACUUUAGCAAACAAAUAUUUUUUUUUGUAAGAAAUCUGUUAUCAGUUAGGAAUGUGAAAUGAAUGGUGAGUGAAUGAGUGUGAGUGCACUGUGUAGUAUUAAUAAUUAAGAUUUACUGAUCGUUCGAUAUUCACCCUUUUGGUGCUGUAGCUAGUCAUACGCACAAAAUGAUGGCCAACUUCACAUAACGGUAAAAAUUAUAGUGAAAACUGUUUCAAACAGUUGUUUAUUUUUAAAUUCAUUUUUUGUUAUGUACAGUGUUGUAUUUCAAGAAAAAUAUUUUGAAUUACAAAAAAUAAAUAUAAAAAUAAUUAAUUAAAUCACUACAAAUUUAAGUUGAAAAGGAAAAAACAUCCAGAUAUAAGACAACAGCAUUCAUCAUGAUAAUAGCAUUUAUAAAUUAGCAAUAAAAUUCCUGUACCUAGCAACAUAACAAUUGAUAACUAUAAAACAAUUAUUUAUUUUUUAAGCAGUCAUUUAUGUGAAACAUAAAUGUUCAUUACAUAAAAUUAUAUUGUAAUUGUUAUAUUGUAUUAUUAUUACUGUAUUUUAUGAGCUCAGAAAAGUUGUGAAUCAUUUGAAUUUAUUACAUAAAAUAGAGACAGAUUAAAAAUUUAAGGACAUAAAUAACUUUUUGAGAUUUUCCUAAGCAGGAUAUAGUACGGUUAGAAAAAGCAGUGAGAAAUGUUACAAAUAGUUGUACAAAAUAAUGUCACUACGGGAUUAUCUUUUACAUAGUAAUAAGUAGACGUGCACAAGACCUCAUGUAUGAUUUAAAAUCGUAUGAAAUAUUCAUAGGGCAAUGAUAAGAGACUUCUCACAAGACAUGUUAAUGGAACAUAUCUGGUGACAUUUAUUUAGAAAUUGGUAAAUUUGUUUUUUUUUAUAAAUAGUUGAAGUAGAAAUCGUCUUGUGCAGUGAUGCUGCAGCACUAAAAGGGUUAAUAGCUUAGUGACAGGGAACUGAGGGACCUACAAUUUUAUGUGGGUUUCAAACCACCUAUAUUUUGGUCUGUCAUAUGCCACAAUGCUCUCAUACUGAACGAGCUCCAAAUAUUAAACCCCAUUCUGAUUUCUGUGGUACUUAUCAUGUUGGCUGAACAUGCACACAGGUAAUCACAAAUCAAUGCCCAACAAAUAUCUUCCAAAUAACAGAUCGCUUAGAUUAGUUGGAUCACUGUAUACUUCAUACAAAGUUUAUCUUGUCACUUGUUUUACACAAAUUAAGAACUUUGUUAUCAGCAUAAUUACAGGACAGCUGUGUCCUGAAAGUAAAUACAGUAAAAAGUACCAAAACGGUUUAAUGAGUGAAAGAUCUUAUCUUAACUGUUUUUCAGUAUAGUUUCUAUCAUUCAUACGUCUUCAAUAAUAGUAGGUGACCCAUUAUCCAAACCUUCCUCAAUGAAACAUCCUGUUUGUGACAAUGUACAGUAUUUUUUGCGAUCUAACGGUCAAACUGUUUCACAGUCAGCAGGUUCGUUAAUUGUUUUACACACUGUUAAUGAACAUGGGAUACAGAAAAAAAUCACUCCUUAAAUGUUGGUGAAGAGAUAUUGGACACACAGAAUGACAGGUAUAUGGUACUGUAAUGGCAUUAGAGUAAAAACAGCACUUGUAUUCAGGACACAUUAUAAAAUCCCUUUUCUAGUACUUUUAUCAAAAAGAAUGGGUCCCAUUUACCGUUUUCUUCUCAGACAUCCACAUUAAUAUGUUGGUUGAUUUCACGCAUCAAACUACUACAUUUUCAGUGGAAAUAAUUUUAUUCUUGUCCGUAACCAUUACCUACCUAAUGUUCCUAAUGAAAUAAAUUAUGUCAUCGUUUUAGAGUCACUUUGAAUGUACUAGGUAGUGACAAUAUUAUCACGUUGCUAAGUUUCUAUCGUUUUGUGGAUUGAAAUGUUUAGAUUUUCAAAAAAACGGAGUUGCUGCUGUUUGUAAUUAGAGUUGUAGCUUUCAAAUGUAAGUGCCUUUGACUGGGAAGCUGUUGUGUAUUAUUUUUUAAUAUAUUAAUUUGUUUAGAGUUGUAAAAUACGGAAAAUUCAACUCAUACAUUUUUACGGUUUGUGUACAAAUUAAAUUGAGAUAUAAGGUAAAAAUGUGGAUUUUAGUAUAUUAUUUUUUUUUAACUAAAGCAACUUCACUGAUAAAUUAUUUUAUGUUUGCAUUAUACUAAAAAAAAAUUAAUUUUCAGCAUUGUUAUUAUUGUUACUCUGUAAAUUACUUUUUAUUCCUCUCAUAUUUACUGUUAACAAUAAAAUCGUGUUGAUUGUUAUGUAUCCUGUAGUUUUAAGUAUACAAACAAAAGCACAAAUGUAAUAACAUAUGAGUUUUUGCAAUAUUUUAAACAUACAAAUAAAUUGGUGUGACAAUUCCAAAUUGUUAUUUUAUAAAGGUGUAGCUGUUUUUAAUUGUAAUGUUAUUACUGUCUGGUGAAAUUAUUUGCUACAUGGUACUUACAUUCUUAUGUAUCAUAUGUUUUAUUCAAAUGUUUAGUAAAUUUAGAUCUACUUGUAUUUUAUGUUAUAAUACUUAUUUUUUCACUUUUCUCAUUGUUAUUUCUCAUCUCUUAGUCUUUCUUUGUGUCUUCCAAUUAAUUCUCUUUCUAAGAAAUGUUUCUUCUAUUUUAUUUAUGUUUUAUAAAGAUUGUCUUCUCUUUGUAUGUUAAAGUCUGAACAGAUCAUUCUCAUCUAUUAAUAAUAAUGAACCAAAAAUAAUAAGUUGCAAUACAAAUAUUUUAAAAUUAAUACAUGUAAAUAAAAUUAGUCGAUAUUCAAUUUUAGGCCUAUCUGCCCUUAUUGAAUUCUUUAAUAAUAUAAACAAGUAAUUCAUUUUGAAAGCUUCAAAAUUAGUAAUAAUUUUCAAUAUAAUUAAUAAAUGGCCAAGAGUCCAUUAUGUUCCAAGUGUCCAUUAAAUUAAAUUUUUCAAUUAAAAAAAAUGUGGCUCAAUUAGUCUUAUUUUCAUUUAGAAACAGUAAAAUGUAUAUACUAAUUCCUAAUUAUUUCAAUUAAGUUUUUUCCAAUAAAAUUUAUUUGGAGAGUAAGUUAUAGUGGAUUUUAACAAACAAAUGCCCAAUAUUGUACUAAGUAAGUUCUAUUUAUAUGCAUUGUUUUAGUUCUGUUGUGCUUGUAGAAACUAUACUUGAGUCAUAACCCAUGUAAACCCCCCAUGUGUGUGUGACACACAUUUCAGAGCCUAACCUACAUCAAUCCCAUGAAGGGACAAAAUAGGCAUGGGCGCCACCAUAUAGAGGCAAGGGGGGGGGGCGUGCAACCCCCCUGGAAGUGGAAAAUAUAAAAAUUGGUUACUGGACCCAAAGUAUAUUCAUAAAAUUAAUAUUUUAACAGCAGGUUGAUUAUUUGAUCUUGAAGACAAUAUAAUUAGAUAUUGCCUUAUAUAUUUAAUAAAGCCCUCCACUCCCCAUUGUUAGUUUUUGCUCCCUCCCUACAAAUUUUUUGGUGGCACCCAUGGCAAUAGGUACUAAAUAAACAUUGCCUUGUUUAACCAAUUAAUUACGUAACGUUACAGAGAACAUAUGAACUCUAUUCAUAAUUAACUUUGUUAUUUUUAAACACAACUAUUUAUUAAUUGAUGGCAUUAAAGUAAGUAAUGUUUAUUUUACUAUAGAAAAAAUACUAACAUUGUAUGAAAUAUUAAUGUUUUAAUUUGUAUAGCCUUAAUUUUAAAUAUUUUUGUAUGCGAAAACGUUGUUGAUGAUGAUUUGGUCCGUAACAUAAGUGUGUACAUAAUGUGCCAUGUGUUCACUACUACAUUAAUAAUGAACUAUUGUCAUUAAACAAUUAUUUAACUAA